AUGGGGGCGGUUUGUGGUGUCUGGCAACCUGUCAUCAUUCAGACCCUUCUCGGUUCCCUCGAACGACUUCAAACCCUGAGCGAAAAAAAGUCUGGACACCCUCGCGGCAUUCAGAAUGAAAAGACCCCGAGCCGUAAGAUAGAGUUGCCUCUUGUGCUUCAUUCUCCAGCUGGCCAUAGGGUCUUCGUCCACGCCGGUCUGUUAUCUUCCCACCCGAAGUUCCAGGCUUCCGAUCCUAGACAGCCUCUUUCCCAUUGGCCUACCAUGGAUGACCAACCUGACAUUACAAAACUGCGUAAUCAACAGGAGCUUGCAGUCCUCACAGAAAUUCCCGAAAACAGAUAUCCAUGGACCGUAACGAACAUCAAAAGUGUCACGGAUAAAGGAUUUGUGUCUCCUAGUCGCAGAAAGGCGACACCCUGGUCCCAAUUGUGGAACGACACCAUGUCAAAGUGUUCAGGAAAUUCAGGUACGAAUGCGGGUGAAGCAUACCAGCCAACCUCGUUUCCAUGUUAUCCGUUUACUGUCGUCUACGAACAUCCUUCAGGCCGCGGGUGA